UCUCCCGCGAGGAAGAAGGCGCAUGCCUUCUUCCCCGUUCGAGCACGCAGUGUGGAGACGGCCCUGCUCGCCGCGGCGAUACGUUUUUUGAUGUCCAACAUGGCCACCUGAUGUCUAGCAGACGAUACACACAGGUGGCAUGGGAGAGCUGUAAAUAAAAUCCACCCUCUAGAUUUAAUUAUGAGCGGACGUGUGCAGAAGGAGAGUGCCGAUGAUUCCGAUCGCGUCGACGAUGCAGUGGACCCGCGAGUGCAGAUUGAACUUGAAAAAUUAAACACAGCUACGGACGAUAUUAAUAAACUAGAAGUUGAUUUAGAUGAAGCAAGAGCAACCUUUAGAGAAUUACUCUGUGAAUCAACAAUUAAGAUUGACACUUUGGCUAAGAAACUUGGAGCUUGCAUUGAAAAAUCCAGACCAUACUAUGACGCUAGGUUUAAAGCAAAAGAGGCAUUACAAGAAACGCAGAAGGCUGCGAUUAGAUUUGAGAGAGCCAACAGUCAACAUUCGGCAGCUAAAGAAAUGGUUUACUUAGCCGAGGAAGGACUACGGACCGAAGGAAGAUGUUUUGAUCACGCUUGGCAAGAAAUGUUGAAUCAUGCUACGUCGCGAGUUAAUGAGUCGGAGCAUGAGAGAGCUCUCUCUGAAGCUGAACACAGGCAUACAACUGUGUUAUAUCACAAAGCGGAACACGAAGUUCAAAGGUUGCAGCGUGAAUUGAAGCGUACUAUUGCUAAAUCUAGUAUGGGUGCACGCCGCAGCUUGCUUCUGAUAAACAGUAUCGCCUACAGGCACAACUUGCUCAUGUUGCCUUACUAUGAGAUGAAAGCGCACUUUAAUCAAAUGUUGGAGGAACAAAAGAUGAAAGUCAGUGCACUGGAGAGAUCAGUUGGUGAAGCAAAAGCUUCGUACGCGGAAGCAUUACGAAAUUUAGAAAAGAUCAGCGACGAAAUUCACAGGACAAGAAGAUACGAUGGUAUAGACGAAUAUGAUAAGAGUAUACAAGAUGCGCCCGAUCGCUCCGCUGCGCAAAUUAAUACGGCGACUCCAACAGAUUCCAGUGUAACUGGAUCUCCAGACAGCACGGAUUACACUAGUGACGAAUACUUACGCCUUCCCGAUAAGAUGAGUCCGAACGUGCCAUGUCCCAUGCCUACAAGAAUCGAGAGAGAUUCAUCGUCGGAGUACCUGGGCCUAAAUAAUCUGAAUCUUUCAUCCACAGAACCUCGUAAAUACAUAAAACGAGACCGUCCACGAAGCAUUGCUGCGACCGACUCGAAACAUAUCGUAUCUCUAAAUCAUACAAGUUCUUCUGCACCAGGCCUGACGGAUUUGUCGGGCAUUAUAUCUCCGGUUGAAAAGAGAGUUAAAAUUCAAACGCCCGUAAACGAUCGCAAGAAUAAUUCUACUAAUUCUCAAAACGGAGAGGAGUGGACGGAAAUUAGCCUGAACAAUUCGCCGGAUGAAGUUUAUUACAAUAAUGACGUGUAUUCCGAUGAGGAAGAUCAAAUUCCCUACAAACCGCUACCGAUGGAUCUAAGUCCAGAACUUGCUCAGACAAUUAAUGCUACCAGCGAACCGCCGAAAGAACAAACUAGCCGAAGGAGAUUAGUAACGCAAAAAUCUUUACCCACAAUGUCGAAAGUAAAUGAAGUUACCUUAAGCGAAGAGAAGAAAGCCGAAGUUACGAGAAGUCCGUCAGUAAAAAAUAGAAGCAAACUCGAUGGUAGCUUAGCUAAUUGGAUAACUAGAAGUUCAGCCGGUGGUGAAACUAGUGGUGGUAGUUCCACGAAUUCAAGUAGAAGACAAUCUCUCGAUAUGUUGUGGAGUGGCGGUACCGGGGAGCGUGUUAAAGAAUUACUCAAUCACGGCAUGAUGAUGCUAAACAUAUCUAGCUUAACGGAACGACGUUCCAGCGAACCAAAGACAGCGGAGAGAGACAAGGAUAAGUCUGACAAGUCUGAAAAGUCGGAAGUUAAAGGAAAGAAAGUCCCAAGUCCGUUAGAAAAAACAAUGAGCUAUCUCAAUGCUGAUGAGGAGACGUCGGACAGCGAAAGUUUAGCUAGCGUGGAGAUGCUAACAGAGGAUCAAAUCUCUUCACUCAUGAUGGAGCCGGACAUGAAUCAAGUAUGCCAAGAGAUUCUGGGAACUCCCUUAGUCGAAGUAUGUCCGUUGUUGCAACAAUUACAGCAACAAUAGCCUUAUCGCAGAGGAAUUUGCACGACAAAGUGGCAAAGAUUCAACAAUAGAAAGUGUUCAAGAUUAUAAAUCGGUAACAUAAUUAAGAUACAUCUCAUUUUUGUUACGCUACUGCAUUAUCAUAUUAUGUUUCUGUCUUGUGUGUGUCGCAGAUUUUUCUAUUGUAUGUGAUAUAGGACAAAGCAGGGCAAAGUAAAGGUUGUAUUUCCAAGUAAUCGUCAGAUUCUACAUUAUUUAUGGGUUUUACUAGGUAUUAUCAAGUUAUU